UGUCAGAGUGUCAGUCACUCCCCUGACGUCGUUAACGUCGCACGUGUAGUAUUUAUGAUCCGUCCGGAGAACGCGCUACGUACGUAAAUAAUAUCCAUCCAAACAACAGAUGAAUUUAAAUGUUCAAUUUGGAUACAUUUAAUGAAUUUACGCGUGUAAACGAAAUCCUAAUUGAAGUGAUUAGUUGAUUAUUAAUCGUGUGCAACUAGUUAUUCUAACGAGGAAAAAACGCUCGCUAUUUUAAUAACUGCCUGCCUGUACAGAACGCUGUUGCCAGAUACGUAGUUUUUUUUUUUUGUUCUACUUGUGUAAUUUCGAUAUAAAUAUUCAUUGCGAACAUGAAUACAGGCGAAAGGUGAACAGUGGAUGCCGUUACCGGAACGCAUAAUAAAAAAAUGAGUUCACAACCAAUCAUGGUGCCUGGUGGAGAACGUCGAACACAAUCUGAAUCUUAUUCUGUCUCAGUAGGAAAUCCUUCUGAGCCAUUCAAAACUAUGACCCCACCUAACGUCAGUCGUUCGCUUAGCAGUCCGGCCGGAGAUGAUAGACAACCUCGACAAGGCGGUGUUCAAGCUGGAUCAACACCGCUGCCAAAACUACCGUCAUUAGAAUCACUCUCGACAAGUACAAUUAUUUCUACUUGUGCUCCACCAUCCUCAACAGGUCCAGCAGCGAUGGGUGAAAGCUGUCCAAAGCUGGCUGACAAUUCGUCAGAAAAGUCUGGCGAUGCUGGCAAAUUGACUCGCAAAGAGUCCUACAAAGCACAGAGGAAAAAUUAUCGGAUGGAGAAAAAAAGAGUCGCCAAUGAACUCCUCAGCUCCCUUAAAGACCCGACUGUUGUUGUCAUGAGCGACUGGCUCAAGGUCCGUGGCACGCUCAAGAGUUGGACCAAGUUGUGGUGCAUUCUGAAACCUGGAUUGCUGCUGCUAUACAAGAAUCCGAAGAUAAAGAGUAACAACUGGGUGGGAACCAUUCUACUCAAUAUAUGUCAAGUAAUAGAGAGACCGAGUAAAAAAGACGGGUUUUGCUUCAAACUGUUCCAUCCGCUGGAGCAAUCGAUCUGGGCGCCACGAGGUCCUGAGAAAGAGGCUCUUGGUGCUGUAGUCCAGCCUCUUCCCACGUCUUAUCUGAUCUUCAGAGCACCUUCUCAAGCUGCUGGCAAAUGUUGGCUCGAUGCAUUAGAGCUCUCUCUCCGAUGUUCUUCGCUUAUCGUUCGCUCUAGUAGCGUUCUUCCUCGAUCACCUCAACAUGAUGCGACAACCACUCAUGAAACUCAGUGGAGUGAAGCAGACUACGAAAAACACUUCAAUGAUCAUGACCUUGACGAUGUCAGCCAGCCGGAGAAUGGUGUAGUCGCAGAUGCUGAAAUCAGCGCCUCUGACAGCGAGUCGGAACCAUCUGUCAAGGAAGAAGAACCUGAUCAAAUUCAUGAAACACCUUACGCUGUUGUGGAGAACGAAGUUCUUGGAUCGGCUGGCGAAGUGGUUGCAGAAUUACAAGAUGAACAAAAAUCUCUUAUUUGGUUCCUGAUGAAGCAGGUCCGGCCUGGGAUGGACCUUUCCAAAGUUGUGCUGCCGACAUUCAUUCUGGAGCCCAGAUCAUUUCUGGAAAAACUGGCAGACUCGUACUAUCACGCUGAUCUUUUGUCAAAGGCUGUACUCGAAGAUGACGCUUUCACACGCAUGAAAGGUGUUGUAAAGUGGUAUUUAUCUGGAUUUUACAAGAAACCCCAGGGCUUGAAAAAACCCUACAAUCCACUACUAGGAGAGACGUAUCGCUGCUACUGGCAGCACCCCAAUGGAUCACGAACUUUCUAUCUUGCUGAACAGCUGUCUCAUCAUCCUCCAAUCUCUGGAUUCUAUGUCACUAAUCGCCAAGACGGCUUUACCAUUAGCGCUACAAUUAUUGCCAAGUCUAAAUUCUACGGCAAUUCAACAUCGGCGGUAUUAGACGGUGUGGCAGUAUUGACAAUGCUGCCAAGAGGAGAGGAUUACACUAUGACUAUCCCAUAUGCUCAUUGCAAAGGUAUUUUGAUGGGAACUUUGUCAAUGGAGCUGGGUGGAAAGAUUAACAUCAACUGUGAGAAGACGGGAUAUCAGACGGAACUAGAGUUCAAACUGAAGCCAUUUCUGGGUGGCGCGGAACACAUGAAUCAAGUUGUCGGUAGGAUUCGACUUGGGAAGGAAACGCUUGCAACCAUUUCAGGCUACUGGGAUGGACAGAUUACCAUCACCGACAAACGGACAGGGACGGAGAGCGUUUUUUUCAACCCGACGGCAGAGAUCCGCAAGAACAGAUUGAAGAAAUACACCGUACCGUUAGAACAACAGGGGGACUGGGAAAGUGAGAAUCUGUGGCAAGCCGUCACUCAGGCAAUUAACAACGAUGAUCAGGUAGCUGCAACAGAGGCGAAAACUGUUUUGGAAGAAGCUCAACGAGAGCGUGCACGCGAAAGAAAACUCCAAGGUCUAGAAUGGGUUCCAAAAUAUUUUGUACAGGAUAUAAUCUCAGGUAAUUGGAUGUACCGCCACGCUGAUCUCCGUCCUUGGGAUCCCCGAAAUGACGUGGUUCAAUACGAAUAUGACUACGUCGUCCGGACAAAAACAAAGCAUAAAACGCCAAUAAUGCGGACCGGUAGCAUCAUUUCAGUUGAGCCGCAAACUCAGAUGCCACUGCUGCAAGCCGAGUCUAGAUCGUCUUUGUCGGUAUUGAAGUCUUCCAAAAGGCAAUUGACGAACAACAUGCCACUCGCUGAAGCGGCCCAUGAUUCAGGCAGCUCCUCUGCCGAGUUCCACUCUGAUUCUAGUCAGUCAGUAGGCAAAAGGCGACGAUCUACCGCUAAAAUAAUUGACGUUAUAAAAGAGAUGGAUUCGCGAUUACUUGAUAACGGGGAAAAGCUAAACAGAAUUCAGCAUAUCGUAGAGCAACUAGCUAUCAAACAAAGGGAACAAAAGGCAAACGCGUCGGAAACAAGGAUGUCGAGGAAUUUGUUGGACACUGGUAUUGUAAUAGCCGUGAUUUUCAUCAUACAGUAUCUUCUGAAUUUAUGGAACAGCAGAUCGUUGGAAACAAAGGAGUGUAACAGAUGAGGAUCAGCAACGGAGUGAUUACCAUUAUUAGGUGUUGCAUCAAAUGCUUGACAAGACAACAGAAGCGUAUUCAUCUAAUCGGUGGAUGAAUGCACUGUACUAAAACUGCUAAAGGUGCAUUCGAAACCAGCUAAUUAAGCUCAAGCAGUGACUGCAUCUUCUAAUAUCCAAUUCCGAUCACGAUCUGAAAAAUUUUCGCUACAAUAUUAAAAUUAUGAUAUUGAAAUUCAAAUAUGACAAUCAUAUCGAGCAGAGAUGUAUUGUUGAAAUUAUUCCGUUGAUGUUGAGAAAAUCUAAACGUUAUACCAAUGAUUAAAAAUAUCGAUAGUCGCAUUAAUCAGAUGCUGAUGUUCUAAUGAAAUUCUACAAAUAGCACAAUCACGUGCACCUGCUAGUUAAUAUAACGAAUACUUGAAUUAUGCACGUUUUUAUCUUAGCAAAUGAAAGUUUCCAGGAAUAAGUCAAGAUCUACUUUUGUAACUGGCACAAUAAGGCGGAAUUCAUUCUUCUGUCGAGAUUCUCAGUAUGACCUGUAACCGUAUUUAUAUCCAAAACAAUUGCAAAAGACGCGAAUUAUCGGAAAAAUAAAAUAUUUCACUGGUGUUGAACAUCAGUGAAGACAUCUUCUGUACACAUGUAUACUAACACAUGAUAUGCUAUGCACAGUGGAAAUUCGUUUUAUGAAAUUCUCACCAGACUUUUGAUUCUAAAAUAUAAUUUUUUUGUGAUUUGAGCUUGCCAAUGUGCAGAGAAUUCAUAAAUAAUUUUGUCAGGGUAUACAGUACGGUCUCGUUAUAAGACUGUACAAAAACCUUAUUUGUAUAACGACGCCCUAUCACACUGUGAAAUACUACAAUUAUAUAUGUAACGAACUAUAUUUCACGUGACACUGUGAAUCUGAUUAGCAUUAUGAUAUCGAAUCGAUUUGAAUGGCGUACAUUUAUUUAAAAUUUAUGGUUCUAGGUGAGAAAAAAAUGUUGAAUAUUAAAUUUAUCAAAAUGAAAUAAGUAAUGGUGAAUCAGAUUAAACCUGAUUCCAAUUGGUCACAUUGAUGCCUACUCGCUAUGAGUUAAAAGGAAACAAUACAUAUUCCCCAAAAUCAUUCUUCUGCAUGUAAAGUCAGCUAGUGAUGUCGCAAUACGGAUAUCCAGGAUUUCAAGUACACAACUAUCGAGUAAAAUGCUGUGAUGAAUGUCAGGCUACAAGGCAGAGCGAUAUUGCUCAUAUAUUUCCUAUUCGUCAUAUUUUUCCAAGCGAGUGCUUAAGUCGAUUUAAUGAUCAAAAGUUUUACACCAAAUCUAUCUUCUUUGGGCGCAGGAACAAUCCUUUGAAUUUAUUUAUCUUUAAUCAGAAUUAUAGGUAUACUUGCAGCCCUGAAACAUUUUUAUUUAUAUACUUCAUUUUUUUGAAAUCCGACAUUAUUUGAAAUCCUUGUGUUAAAAAACGGGAUGAAAAUCCUGAAAACUUCAGUGAAAUUUCUUGAGAUACUCUCGAAAAAGUUCUAAAUUGGGAAUUUUCAUAACGAAUCGCCAGAUUUCAGUGAAAUUUCAUUGCAAAAAUUUCAAUUUCAGAUUGUUUCAGAACAAUUUUUAGCUGAAAACAUAUAGAACAGUAUAAUAUGUUUAAUUUAAACCGUUCCUCUGUAUAACUUAAUAUACAUGUAUAAUAGUUUGACAUUAUUGUGCACGAGAUUUCCCAAUAAAAAACUAUUUCCUCCUCUCACCACAGAGCUAGUGACCUGAAAGAACAUUAUUUUUUUUGCUGUGUGGCACAACAUUAUAAGAUACAAUAUCAUUAUUAUACAUAUUUACAACUUGAAUAAUUUUAUUCACCUAUAAAAUAUAUAUAUAAUAUUAUAUAUGAAAAACAUAUACAUAUAUUAUAAUUAUGUUGAUAAUAAUACCUUUAUAAUAUAGUUUGCAGACAAAGAUGGGUGUAUAGUAUAAUUAACUGGCCAUUCGUACUUGUACAUAAAUGUUAUCGCUGUUAUGCUAAUAGAUAAGAAUUAUAUAUAUAUAUGAUAACGCUCGCUUGUAGUUAUAACACUAAUUUCGAGUUCGGUACUUUUCUUUUUGGUAUUAGUAAUACGGAUCCUAACUCAUGGUAAAGAAUAUGUAUGUAGACAACACAGGGAUACUUACCACAAACGCUUGAUUUAGAUUAAGAGCAGUACAUCUGUGAAUUCAUGUAUGUGAUGGAAAAAUCCGAUCGGGCUGGUGAUUUUUUUGACCACUGCUUUUCACGCCAAAUGUAACGCAGAAAACCGCUGAAAAAUAAAACUGGUAAAAAUUGUCGGAAUAUCUGAGUUAUUUUUCAGCAGUUUCCUGCGUUGCAUUCAGCAUGAAAAGAAGUAGCUGAAAAAAAUCACCAUCCCGAUCGGACUUUUCCACCAUAUACACGAAUUGACGGGUGUACCCUCCCCUUAAUUCUUAGAAAGAUGAACAAAGACAAAUAAGAAAUCACUAACAAUUGUUUAAAUUGUUUAAGUUUCAUGGCCUCUUUUUGUUCUUCUUCAAUGAUAAUAAUCCUAGGAGAAUGUAAAUUGAAGCUUAACUGAAUUCAUCGGUGUAGACAUUUUUGGAACGUAUAUUGUCUGAAUGGAACAAGUAUUCGAUGAUCGGAUUGCUGUAGAGUAAUUCAAUAUUACUAGUUUGGAAGAAGUCGCGACAGUGCAAUUGAGAUAAAUUUAGUUCGAUUCAAUUGCCACUAUCCUUUUAUCACAGGAAAAUUUAAUACCUUGGAAUUUCGGCUGUAAGAGUCCAAUUAUUACUAUUAUUAUUACUAUUGUUGUUCAAAUUUAGGCGUUUAGCUAGGCUUUAUAAAUAUUUGUUAUUCUCCUGCAACGGUUCGAAACUCGAUUUUUCUAAAUUGUAAUCAUUGAGGUUUAUACAAUGUAAAUUGUAAUUACUUAAAUUUUACGGAAAUAUUUUUUUAUUGAUUUAGGAAAUAUUUUCUCUGGUUUUUCACACGAAAUUUUCUCUGAGAUUUUACGUGCCUCCGAUUAUGCGAGAGAUUAAUUUAUGUGUAAAGAUAAUAAUUGGUUACAGGAAAUUGUCUCUCUAAAAUUUUUAAUCUAUAUAUACGCAUAUUCGCAGUAAAUAAAAAAAAACAGCCUCGUUAUUCACUUAUAGUAUGCACAGUUUAUUAUUAGACUAAACAUUCCAACAGGCGGCAUUUGAAUACUCUGAAGAUACUUGAAAAAUUAAUAGUCGGAUCACCCAGUGAUCAAAGCUCGGUUUUACAAUUAACUUAGCUAUUUAAAUAUAGCGGCCGAAAAUCAUUGGCCUGCGACAAAAACAUGUCGAGAUAAAUUAACAAAUAAAUAAAUAAAUAAAUACUUGCCCUUGUCAUUAUAGGAAUAUGCUAAUAUACGUUAAAUUCAGUAUCAAUAUGUUGUUAAUAUAUUACCGUUGUUUUUUCGAAUUUAAUGUUUUCUGUAAAUGGAAGUAUAACAAUUCAAUAUGUGUACAUCUAUUAUGAACAUGUAAAUUUUUAUAUUAUUUGUUGUUACGUAAACACAUUUUUAUUAUAUACAUGUAAUAAACUUACAGAGUUCUUUAACUUGAGCUUCAA